UCGGGGCAGCGCACACGUGACCUCCUCCCUGUGCUCUUUCCCUUUAUCUGGAGCAGCAAAAGGCCUGGGGACAUCAUGAUGGCCAAUAAAAGAAGUCUUGAUGGUAUGGACUCAAUUAUUUGUAGUAAGAUGCCACGACUGGAGGACAAUCAAAAUGGAUUAUCGGCAGGACUUUAUAAACCCAGUCCUCUAUCUAGUUAUGCUGCUGAAAAUCCCCUCAAGUACACUGGAUCUUAUUUAGCAUACCAUCUUCAAAGUCGUGAUGGAACUGAUCCAUCAGGAGUCUGGAACCAGCCACAUCCUUGCGUGCAUCAUAUGGGUGGUCCAAAUAACCGGUCACCACCAGGACACGUUUCAAGUCUUAGCAAUCGCUUAUAUCAGACAGAACCUGAAACUGGGCCCCGACCAUUUCAACAGUCUGUAAAUGCAAAUGAUAAACUUGACUUGGUCAAAGAUUUGAUGAACGUUCGAUCAAAAUGGGUCAGUUUUGUUGAACGGCAAAAGAACGUGAGAAAAAGCCAAAAUCUCCCACCCGUGCUGUGUUCGACUGCAGUUGGAAAACACAGUUUAUUUUCAUCUGCUUUAUCUACAGUUAGUAACUGUGCAAAUGUAGCAUUUCCACAACCAGUAUAUAGGAAUAGUGUCUGUUGUUCGGGAGCUGGUUUCUCUUUGGAAGAUUCAACAGAUCAUUUUUAUAGAAGAGGACCAGAAACUGAAUGGAGGAUGCCAUCUCCUGUUCCUUCCAGUUGUUUAAUUGUGAAUAACAGUCAACUGGUGCACAAUCAGCAAUAUGCCAAUCCACUUGUGAAAAAUAAUUCAUUGCAUAGUGGAUCUGGAAGUAUACAGGUUAGCUCUGUGGGCAGAAUCACUAAAGAAACUGGAAAGCCACCUGGAGUGCGUUCACCUCUGUGUCGAGGAUAUGGAACUUUCAAUAGUGAUGUUCUGCAGGAUCCCAGAUAUUCCAUGAUCUCAUAUGAAAACUCUAAUGGCAGCGUUCCAAGUCAUAGCAGCACAUCCAUACAUAAUAUCCAAGACUUGCAGAAAGUUCCCUUGCAUCCAUUUGUGACGACUGAAGGGCAACAGAUGCAACUGCCUUUGUAUCGUGAUAAGCCAUCGCCACCAAAAUAUCCAGUGCCAAUUCAACCAAAGGUUUUGCAUUCUCGGAACACUAUUUCAAACCAGCAAAGUGUGGGUACUUACUCAUUGUUACAUCCACGAAGCUAUAAGGCCCAAAUGGUAAAUUAUCCAGUGCCAGGUGCAGGCGGGCGGAUGCCUAUACCCAGUUCUGCUUUUGCAAGUCAGCUUGGUUCAGAGUAUCCUUACGCACAGCCAUCUGAAUCUUUUGGGUAUCCUGUUCGUCGUCGUCCUCCUCCUCCACAGCAGCAGAAAAGUGUCUCUGUGACCGGGCCUUUGGUUCAUCCAGUGUCACAGCCUAUGACACAACCAACAGAGUUUGAGCAACAGAGUUUGCCUGGAAAUAAAGUCUCUUCAUCUUGUCAAGAUCCAACAAAUGCAAAGCAUUCUUCACCAGACUUGUUGCAUUUCAGACCACGCAUCAUUGCACAAACAAAUGAAGAGUGCUACAAUUCAUUAAACACACUUUACAAUAUGGAAUGUACUGGUCAGCAGCAGUUGAUAAGCAAACACAGUGCCUUUCACCCUGUACUGUCUGGCAAACACCUGAAGGGUUCAUUUGAGAGACCUGCUGGCUCUCCAGGUGCCCAAAGACCAAAGGAUAUUUAUCUGCAAGAACAUAGCCCAGGCUUUCACAUUUCCGCUAAAGGUGAUCAUGGUGGGUCUAUUUUCAAUAAAGAACCUGAAAUCCUGAAUAAUAAAUCAGAAGUCAGAUUGGAUAGCCCAAGAAAAAGCUAUACUGUUAGUCCAACCAGAAAAACAUCUGUGAUUAAUUUCUCUCCUGCUUCCUCCCCUGCUGCUGUUGAAAGCAGGAGAGCAACCCCACCUGCUUCCCCUCCUGCUUCCCCUCCAAUGCCAGUCAUAAACAAUGUGUUCAGUUUGGCACCCUACAAAGCUUACCUGGAAGCCACUGGUCUGUUCUUCUCAAAAUGUCCAAACUGCCAACCAGACUGUGAUAAAUCAUGUUCAUGUUCUUUGGAAAAUAAAACUGAAAGCAGCAAAAGUGAUGGUAUCAUAGAUCUGGAUUCCAAUACAUCUGGCCCUAAAAGACUGCCAAAGGCCAGCAGUCAGUUGCAACUCAAGAAUGAUGAAUUGAAAACAGAUGAUGCUUCUGCAUGUUUAGAAUCUAUGAAUGAGAAAGGUGCACCUGAAGAUGAGCUCAGUAAAGCAGUAAGCAAGAAGAACUCUUUAGAUACUCAAUAUCAGGAGAUUAACCUUUCUGCUAAAUUCAACAGACCCAGUAAUGGCCAACCUCAGCAAAGUGGUAAUGGUGAUGCCAGGUGUGUGGUUCACAGUGGUGAUGUAAAGCUUGGGAUGAACACGAUGGAUGAUAUGGCCUUGGACCUAAGUACUAAAUCAAAAAGUCCACUUUUGAAUGUUACUGAGCAUGCUCUAGUUUCUGGUGAGUCUAGAGAAAAAUUAAAAUGUAUGAUUGAAAUAUCAAAUGAAAAGGAAGAAAAUACUAUAGAAUCUCUGAGUUCUAAAAAGAAACAGGAAGACACAGAACCAUCUGGAGAGCACAGAGUUAAAGCCUUGAAUGAAACCAGCAGCACAAGUGACCACCUUAUUUUAGAAAUGAAUAAAUAUAAAAUACUGAGACCUGCCCCUCCAAAGAUUGGUGAAAAUAAUCCAACUCUGCCAUCUGAAGGCAUUACUAAAGCUAAAAAAAUUAGUUUAAUUGGAUCAGUUGAUCCCUCAGCAUUAAUUCUGAGACCCCUGAAACCUCUGAAGCGAAUAUUGCCUGAUGUAAUUAAAUCAAUUAUGAGUUCUACUCCCGAAUCUAGCAAGACACCUUGUAAAACCAAAGUGGACUCAUCCUCUAAUGGCAAGUUAACACAGAAUGAGAAUGACACUUACAAUUAUUUUGCACAUCUUCAUCAGUCCCUUUGUGACAUGAUCACACAGUCUGUGGCUGAAACUUCUGAAGAGGUUUUGCGUGCAUGUUUGCAUGACAUCGAAGAGCAGGAAACUCCAAAAUUAAGAUCUUCAGUAAAGUCAAAAAAUGGUACAAGAACCUUUGAGGCAUUGAAGAUGUCAAAAUCAAAAGAAAUUUGGCGCAACUAUGGCCAAGUCCAACAGACCCUGAAAAAACUGCUUUCCUACUUGGAAAGCUAUAUUUAUUCUAGAACAUGCCCAUUUCCCCACGUAAUAAGGGCUGGCACAAUUUUUAUUCCAAUAUAUUUAGUGAAAGAGAAAUUAUUUUCCAGCCUCAAGGGUGUAACAAUUGAUCAAGUUUUCCAGGAGCACAAAAUAGAACUGAGACCGACGACUCUUUCAGAGGAAAAAAAAUUGCAAACAGAAUUACAGCUUCAAAGGUGUUCUUCCAGACUAAUCAAGCUACUUUCCUUAAAACAGUUACCUGAAAUCUAUCAGGAUCUGCUGGAUGUUCUGUGGCAUUCUUGUGUGAAAAUUCGUCUUGGUGAACAAAGUAAUGAAAACGUGAAGGAAGCAACUGUUGCUCAGAAUCUGGCUGACCAUAGUGCUAAUGAAAAUCAGCGUGCACAGCCUUGUUCUACAGAAAUCAAAACCAAAACGGUAGCAAACACUGCUUGCUCAAAAGGGAAGCCUGACAAUGGAAUUGCGACAGCCAGGCAUAAUGCAAAACUUAAGAAAAGAAAGAGGAAGAUUAGAACUCCAAUCUCAUCCAUAAAUUGUAACUAUAAAUUUACUGACUCCAGCAAUAGUUCACAAUCUUUUCAGAAAAUAAGGCCAAAAUCUGUUCUCCACUUAGAAAAAAAGUCCUGCACACCAGUUAAUCAAGAUGCUAGUAUAGAACGGUCAAGCAAAGUGUGCCGGCCAGGCUCUAGAAAGUUACGGAAAAGGGAAGGAGUUUACAAUGAAAAGGGUUUUGUGAAAGGCAAUUUUGAAAGGAAGGGCAGUACUUUGGUGGUUCAACUAAAUCGAGUAAGUGUCAAUGAGGAUGAUACGGGGACAAAUGUUUCCUGCAGUAAACGGAUCAAAAAAUCUCAAAUGCCAAUCAAGAAAAAGAACAAUGGUGCACUGAGGCCAACUAGAAGCACAUCCAAAGUCCUGCAUCUUCGUGGCUCAAUUGUACGGUUAAAAUUUCAGAAACCAAGACAAACUGCUUCCUGCAGAAACAUAGUGCUGAAAUCAAUUGUUGCUGCAAGAAAGCCUUUAUUAACACGUACUUCUCAACAACUGGAUAAGAAAAUAACUAAAUCCCGUUCCUGUGGAAAACACCAAGGCAAGGAAUACCCAAAUUUAGUGGGCAAACGUAUAAGACAUCUGUAUGAGGAAAAGGAUAAAUCAGAGUCCUGGUAUAAAGGUGUAGUGGUCCGAGUGCAUGAAAAGCACCAGAAUCCUCUAGAAACUGUGUAUGAAGUUAAAUAUGACACUGAACCUGAUUGGCAGUACUACCUUGAACUCUUACAGGAUUAUGAAAAAGGGUGGCUAAGGGUUGAUGACUGACCUAUAAAAUUAAGCACUGUGCUAUAUUCUUUGUUUCCAUAUGUAUAAUGGUAAUCUCACAGGCAAAAGUAAAAUAGAAUUCUGUGAUUAUCUGAGGAAAGCAAUUUAUCAGGUCUUUAUUGUUUUGUUUAUUUAACGGGGGAAAGAAAGAAUGCAGCAGUUCCCACAUUCCCUUUAAAAUUACAGUGCAAAAUAUUAGAGACCACUUUGUCAAUGUGGGGAUUUUUUGGGUUGUUGCAAAACUAAGAGAUAUCAUUGUGCAGGUCUUCAUUGCAAAGAUAGAAAAUAUUUCAAAUACUAUGAUUUCAAUAACUUCUGAAAGUGCUGGAAUGAAAUUCAAUGCAAAUAUUUCUAAUAGAGUUAACUAAAAGUUCUUCUUGUCCCAAACUGUUUAAUUCAACGAAAAUCAGCAAUGUACCAUUCAUCCUACUGUAAUAUUUCAGUUAAGUAUCAAUAUUUUCUAGAUGAAUUUGUUUUGCACUGUCUUCAUUUUCUCUUCUGGUGCUGAAUCCUUCGUCUAUGUAUGCCAGAAACCUUCAGUCCUUGGCUUGUUACGAUUCUUUAUGCGUCAGCCAGAAGCAAGAGUUGGUGAGAUGUUUGGGGUGGGGAGCCUUGCAGCUUAGUCCAAUUAAAUUGCUGCUGGAUGCCUAUACAAGCAAUUCCCAAGUGGAUAGCUUUUGUAAGCUGUGACCCUGGAUCAUCUUUUGUUCAAUUCCCUAGCCAAUGCUAGAGAUCAUUUGGGGGCCCGUCAACGACAUCCCGAGCUAAUACAGGACUAACUUGGAUUAUGCCUUCUAAUUAACAGAUGGUACGUAACACAAACUGGAAAUCAUUGUGUUUUUACAAUGUCUAUUCUUGUAUGAUAGCCAUUCAAAUUCAGUUCAGCAAUUUGAAUAUGAAAGUUGAAUUUAGAUAUAGAUAGUGUAGAACUUGCAAUACUACCAGCAUAAUUGUUAACUGCUUCCCUCCCACCCUACUUCUAUACUGUCCACUUACAUCUUCUAAGUGAGAACUUGGGUGCGAGCAGAAACAGUUCAAUGCAAAAACAAUGCUGCUUGUUAGUCCUCUGCUAUUGAGGUAUUUAUCAAAAAUGGAUGACCUACCAUAUAGGAGGCCUUUUCUGAUUCAACAUUUUAUCAAUUUUAAACCUUUUUUUUGUAGGGCAGUGAUUUUGCAAUGCACUUUCCAUAAACAAUUUUAGAAAAAAUUCUCUCCCUUUCGCUCCACCCAAUGAAACUUUUGUAUUCAUGAUGAUGUGUUUGACAAGUGCAUUCAUCUAAAUUGUUACUGAUGUACAGACUAAGAAAUUGGGGCAUUGAUAGCACAAACUGCAUUAAGUAGUAUAGAUACACUGUGUACUGUUUCGUAUGGACUUUUUGUAAUGAGAAAAUUAGCUAAUUAAGUUAAAGUUGUUACAUUUUCAUAUUUUGUGGAUAAUGAAAUAUUACAUGAAAAUGGGAAGUUAAAAAAACAGUGUUGCUAACUCCUUUAUGUGGAUACUUUUUGUAUAAAGAUUUCAAACCAG